GGUGGUUCGUCCGUUCGUGUGUGAGGGUGAUAGUGAGAGAUAGUGAGGGUGAUGGUGAGGCUGUGAUGUGACUUUGGUGAAAGAGAUUAAUGGAGAGACAACGGGUGAAGUUGGCUUGCACUUAAUUGGUAACUAGGAAUUCGUUGAUGUAAGGACACUGAGUGACGGAUUAACAAGAACCAAAGUAAAGAAGAAGAAUAUUUGAAGAAAGUAUUGUGUAGUUAAGUGCGACAGUCCUAUAUAUAUAUUACUGACAGUGAUAUAACGGCCCUGAGUCAGCGCUUGAUUUGCAGUUAUUUUUUCAAAUCGAGUUUGGAAAUGUAGGACAUAGCGGAAGCGGAAACUGGGGAUUGCUACCAUGGCAACAAAGAAACCGAAUCAUCACAGCUGAUACGAAGCCCAAGUUUGGAACGCCCGGGUACCCCUCGCCUCUGGACCGUGUCAGAAACCGACAGAAUUCACCACCUGAUGGAAAUGCCAGUUUUUCUCACAUGCCCCGUCGGCGCCUUGCAAAGUCUGGGUUGCACCAUGCAACCUCUGCUCCACGUUUAAAUGUAAUACCAGGCAAUGGUCUCCAUAGCUUUAGCUUCUCUCCGGGGCUAUCCAAAGGAUCAUUUGGUACCUCCCAGAGUGCCCCUAGUGGCCAGUGGCUCUUCCGUAACUUUGUGGGUGGUGGGAGCUGUGGCACUGUCUUCCCAACCACAAUUGUUAACCCAAACAAGGCUGUACUUACAAUUGAUUCCACCUCUAAGAUCCUGACAGCAAAUGAUAUGUCCUCAUUGCUCCUUGGCCACCCAGAGGAUGAGUUGUGCGGCAACAUGAAACUGACAGACUUCAUCACCAAUCCCGAAACGCAAAAAGCACUCAGCUCCCUUGCAAGUUUGAGCCCCAUGUCGGAGGGCAUCUGCAUGGAGAAUUCCCUUCACACACUGCCAGAGCCUGACAUAUUAGACAAUCAAGGAAUGGUGCUCUUUAGUGGGAAAGUUGUGGAUGUAGAUACAUAUGACAAUGGCACUCUCCCAUGUUCCUUAUGGCUGAAAGGACUCCCUCAGGAGACAGAUGAAGACCAGAGAUGGAUUGCUGUCCUAGAACCUGUAGACAUUACUGUUGCAAAGGCAUCAGUUGACGAAACAGGCCGUAUUUUGAAGCAUGACUCUUCAUUCAGCGCUCUCUUUGGGUAUGCAGAUAACAGUGAGCUUACCAAACUCAAUAUUUGUGAUCUUAUACCUGCUCUUCAGGUGCCCACUAGUCCUCAUGACAUGCCUAAGUCCCAACAGGAAAACUCUGCAACCUAUUGGCAAUGGAGCUUCUUUAAUGAUGUGGAGAAGCAACAGUGUACGGGACAGACGGUGGACUGUGCUACGUUCCCCCUCUGUGCACACUUCACAGUCAAUAACACCCAUAAUGAUUACACCCUAAGGAAACAUGUCUUUGAUCUAGAAAUAUGGGUGUUCUCUAACAUCAGUGGACUGGUGGUUUUGGAUGCUGCAGGGAAAAUCAGUGAUUACAACUAUAAUUUCACAAGACUCUUAUUUGGCUAUGGCAAGAGAGAGCUGGAGGGAGAGGACAUAACUCACCUUAUACCAACCUUCUUCGAUGAUGUUGCAUUGAUUCAAAAAAUGAAUAGCCCGUCCUUUGACUCGGAUGACUCAGAUUCAACUCUUAGUGAUAAUGAAACUGAAAAUCAGAAGGAAAAUAAAGAGAGAACCAAUGGGCCUCUAUUCACAAAAAGUAAACAGAGUGAAGCAACAACAACACUGAUGUCUGAGCCAUCAUCAAUAUCUACCCCAAACCGUGGAUUUGUUGCUUCAGAAAGUAAGCUUCAGGGAUCACUCUACGGAUCUACUUUUAACUCCACCUCCAACGUCACAAGCACGGGGGACAACAGCCAAAAUUCGUCUCAGAACAACAAGGCCAUGAGAGACAUCACCAACUCUAUGAAUAUUCUCAGCAUCAGUCAGCAGAAUGUUUCAAAUCAGACAAACAACUCAGGCUUACAAGGAAGUCCCAGCAAAACAAGGCCAGUAAAAGACAGAGAAAAUGCAUCUGACGAAAGUCUUCCCAAGGUACAAAUAGAGGUAUGUCCAGAUCUUCCCCAGGACAUUCUUCCUGAGGACAUGGUCACCUCUACACCUGCUGUAGGUCGGACGAGAGGCCACAGCCAAGUCCACACCAUUGAAGAAGGCAGUUUCUUUGGGGUUGGAAAACACAAGGAUGGAUCUGAUCUUGUAAUCAUCUACCAGAUUCGUCGAGUGGAGUUAAAUGGAGUGAAUCACUACUGCGUGUGGAUUUUGCGAGAUCCAGAAGAACCUGGAGAGGGCCUUCGAUCCAACACAAAUUUUACCUUAGCUUCAACAUUCAAUGAGACAGCAGAAUAUUCUUUAGGUCAUGCCAUUAAAAAUGAGGCUCAAAAGUCAGAAGUUGACCUUGAGGAUGACUCUGAUACAUCAUCUGAUGAUGAAGGUGCUGACCACAGUCAGACAAGCACAGACGGCAGCUCAGGAGCAGAAUAUUCGCUCAACCACUCACGGCGAGGCAACCGGGAGUCAUCGUCAGCUUGUCCGGAGGAGGGUGAGGAUCUACUACUAGCAGGAGAUUAUAGCAAUCACUACUCAGUCUUGCGUCAAAUAGGAAAGGGAGCAUUUGGCUGUGUAAAGAUGAGCUACCGAAACUCCGAUGGACUUAUGGUUGUAACCAAAUUCAUCAAGAAGAGCAAAGUGUAUCAGGACAGCUGGGUGGAUGACCUCCUCCUCCGAAAAAGGGUUCCUCUAGAAGUGUCAUUGCUCAUGACUCUUGACCAUCCAAACAUCGUAUCAGUGUUCGACAUGUUCGAGAAUGAUGAUUACUUCCAAUUAGUUAUGGAAAAAUGGGGUGCUGGGAUGGACCUGUUUGAGUUCAUUGAUCGUAAUCCUCUCCUUGAUGAACCUCUUGCUGCUUAUAUGUUCAGACAGAUUGUCUCAGCAUUAACUUACCUACACUCUCUCAACAUCAUCCACCGUGAUGUGAAAGAUGAAAACGUCAUCUUGAACAACAGAUUCCAUGUGAAGCUGAUAGACUUUGGUUCAUCAGCUUUCACCAAACCUGGCAAAAUGUUUUCCCAAUUUGCUGGAACUGUAGAGUACUGCAGUCCAGAGGUGCUCAAGGGAAACAAGUACAGUGGCUAUGAAUUAGAGGUCUGGUCACUGGGAGUGACCCUCUAUACUCUCAUGUAUGGAGAGAACCCAUUCUAUGAUGUAGAUGAAACCAUUAAGGCAGAGCUUACCUUCCCUGUUAGACAUUCUCUUGAAUUGACGGCCCUUCUCAAUGGAAUGUUGCAAAAGGAUCCCAAAGCUCGUAUGACUUUAGAAGAAGUGGAGGCACACCAGUGGACCCAGCUUGAGUGUGACAUUGAUGAUUAUGUGUUUGAGGAAAUUAUAAGAUGUUCUCAAGAGGAAGCCAACCCAAGACAAUAUAUCACAGAGUACAGUGAGAGUGACAGCUCAAUAUCCACUGCUUCAAACAGCUUUGUGUAUGAGAAUGCCAUACAGUCUACACGACGAUCGCUCUCCUUCACUCCUCAGGGGACCAAGAAUGAUAAUGAUCAUAUACGCAUGCAGCGGUCAGCCACAUCCCUGAGUUCUUCACGAAUAGGAAAUGAGGUUGAUGAUGAUGAUUCCAUAUAUGAUCACUCAGCGUCAGUUGGAGCAUCUAGAACUUCCACGUCACAGUCAAUGUCUUCAGUCAGAAGUACAAUAACCAUUGAUUCGUCCUCAUUCUCCUGUUGUUCUCCAGCUUCGGACUCUGGUGACAGUAGUGAGACUCAACUCCAGUCAUCACAGUCCUCCUCUUCAGUUACCUAUUACGAUAACGUGAGCAGCUGCACUCUCUCUGGCCGCAGUUCCGAGGGCAGCAUCAACCUGGAGAAGACACUAGCUAGGUACUACAGGCUAAGCAACCCCAAAGAUGACAAUGGCUCUGACUACGAGAAUGUAAACAAAAAUGGCGAUUCCGAAUAUGAAAAUGUGAAUGAGGAUGGUGAUUCUGAGUACGAAAAUGCCAAAGAUUUUGAUGACUCUGACAGCGAGAGCAUCAGGGAGUUCUUUUACCCUAGUGUCCCCCUAGAGCGUAAACAUUGCGAUUUGGAAAAGCAGCCACACAGUAUCCAGCAAUUACCAGAGACCAAUAGAAUGGGUAGUUUUAGGCCACAUAAUCUAGCCCUACCAGAGCUCCAGUCAUCAUGCUACACGGCAGAUUGUGAGUGUUCAGACUCAGAAUCUAGUAUCUCACAAUGGCAGGAUGACGAUGAUGAGGAGGACUUUAGGUACAUGAAUUCAGACCUGCCUGAUUGCGACAACCCGUUUUGGCACGAAGGGAACUACACCUCGCCCGAAAGUGAUGACCCUUUUUGGGACGGGAACACCAAUGCUUGUGCAUCAGAUAGGGAGCUUCAUCAACGUGGCAGAGAAUCGGAUAGUCUUUAAUUCACAAACAAGAUGUCAUAAAGGAAAAGAGGGGGAGCAGAGAAAAAGAAGAAAAUAAAUACCCUCAGGUACCCGUACUCAAUAUCUCUGUGAAUCGUGAGAUGGUAUCAUCUUCCUCCAUUUUUGUUUGUGUUUUUGUUUUUGAAGGGCAACUUGUGAGGAGUCACUUCUGAUUUUAAAAGUUUAUAAAGAAAAGUGAACAGCUGACUGUAUCCUCGAAAAAAAAAAGUCUAGUACUUUGUAUUUUGAAUAUAUUUUGAUCACUGCAUGCUAUAUAAAUGCAACAACAGUCAUGUAGGGGGGGACUGGUCACUUAACAAAAAAUAAUAAAUCCUAUUAAAUUUGUGUAGCCUGUAAGCCUGUCAUAUAUCCAUUAGCUAUAUUUACUAUAUUUGUGCAAAAAUUAGCUUAGGAAACUUUUACGAUUCUUGCAUAUAGAUUUGUUACUGUUCUAUUUAUUAAUUUCUUUGGUUUAUCAAAUGAUUAUGCAAUGUAAUAUAGUCUGGACUGAUGAAGAUGUUUCUUUACCUAAAGAACGCUUAUUAAUAUAAGCAGGUGAUUAUAUUGCCUGGGAAUAUCAAAGAGGGUUGAUAUUUUAAUUCCACUGCCAAUAUUAAUUUCUUUCUUUAGCUCAAUCAUUAUUUUUCAAGCUAUUUAUUUUUUUAUUUUUAUUCUGAGUUAACAUUUUCAAGAAAUGUACAGUACAAGAUGUUUCGUCUUAGAUCAGACAUCAGUUGUGCAUGUACAUUUUGCUUCAUCUCUUUCAUUUCCUAUGGAUUUUUUUUUUAUGUUUAAUCUCUUUAUUUUCCUGAUUUUUUAUUUAUUUAUUUAUUUUUUUUUUUUUUUUUUCAACUCAAGAUAACAUGAAACAUGCAGCAACACUAGCUUAUUUUGUUUUUGUUGUUUCUUUUGUCACAAACACCCAAGAUUUAUAAUAAAAGGAAACCUAGCAUUCCAAAUCAGGGCUUUCGUGGUGGCUCAACCACUGUCUGAAGGAUUAUCAGGAUGCUUAUCUUUAAUUAUGCACCGUUUUAGGAUAAGAUGUUAAAGGGGACUGAAAACAAAACUAGUUCAGGGACUAAUAUACAUACAUAAUUCAAUUAUUGUUUCACCUUGCUCAGAGCAGGAACAGUACUUGUGUGUGUUUUGGACAGUUGAAGUCACCAUAUUUGUGAAUGGAAAUCAAUGUUUUAUGCAUAACAAAAACGAAAAAAAAGUUGUAGUAAGUAAAUGCAGCAUCAUUCAAAUCAUGUAUAAAGCUUUGAAUCAGAAAUUAUGGAAGGUGGAAUGAUAAUGGCAUUAUAUUUUGUAAUUUUAGCACUUUACCAAUGAUAGGUUUAAGUUAAAAGGAUACUCAGUGCUCUGAAAUUUCCAAGUGGAGUGUACAAGUAUAUUUUCAAGAGACAAGAUUGUAAUAUAUUUUGUUUAUUGUAGGAAACACAUACCAGUGACAUUCACAUGAUACACAGGAGGUAAUACCAUAGGUGGAGAUCACAAUUUCAUUUCUCAUGAUACUGUGUGCUAUAAUCAUAGGAAGUUUCUACUUUUUAUAUAGUUUUAAAAAAAGGUUUUCAUUUUCAAAGUUGCUGUACUUUUAGAUGGUACUACAUUACUGAAGACUCAAGAAAAAAAAGAAUUGUCAUAUUAAGGAUAUUACCAUCAUGACACUAAAAAGUUUUUGCAAAUAGUACAGCAGAAUCUUCUAUGAAAUACCAUGCAUAGAAAUCCAGUGGAAGGACGUCCUAUGCCUCAAAUUUCUCAUACGUGUUCUAAUAUUGUUACGUUUACAAACUUAAUACUUGCAGUGACAUUGUGUAGAUCUCUCAUAAAGGUUUAUUUUUUACUAUACCAUUUGUGUUUAAUAAACCAUAUGUUAAAAACAGGCUGCAUAUGCUUUGAUUAACAUAAAUGCAAGAUCAGACAACUGACAUUCAUCACUGCUGCUACCAUAUGAUAUUGUUCACAUAAGAAUUCUUGUGGCUGUGGUUUGAUAUGUGUUGUUCCAGGGUUAUGGAAUCAUUUACUGUCAUUUUGUCAUGUUAAUAAUAAAACUCAGUUGAUUCAUUUUUCUUAGCCUGAAUAUUUUUUCUCUUUUUUUUUAGCUGGCAAAAGAAAUUAAGCAAAGGCUUACUCUCUCUUCUAAGUAUGGCUCUGUACAUAUAUGAACAUCCUGUCAUCUCUCUUCAAUAGUAACUGAGCUGAAAUGAAUGAGCAAAGAUAAAAUUAUCAUAUCAAAUCUCAAGCAUUCAGUGUCUUCUUUGUAUACAAAUGACAACUGGUUAAUGGGAAUUCCAAAGGGGAAAUAAACAAAAGGAUGAAUCUUCUGGCAUGUGCAUACUUUGAGACCUGAAUGAGUAUUGCGAGAAGGGACAUUUUAAAUAUGUUAAUUCAUACUUCAGAUAACACCAGUCUGUCUUACUGUCUUACUGUAGCACCAUAUAGAGUCCUUUCAAGCAUAACUUCCAUAGACAAAUAGGCAUUCCAAGGCAUAUAGGGUCAGCAAAGAGGCAGUGCCUAUAGAACUCUUGUUUCAACUUUGUUAGUGAGUUUAAGUAUUUUAGGGUAAUAGUGUGAUCUCCGAUUCCAUGAUAUAUCUUGCCAAUAAAGUUUCUCUUGUUCUAAGAUUUGAUUUAGUUUAUAUUUUUUGUCUUGGGUUUGAUACAUUGUAACAACGUGAUAUUUAAAGGUAUACCUGCCUUUAUAUGAUAAGGGCACAUACUUUUCAAUGACCUAACUUUACUAAAUAGUAACUGUGAUAGAAAAGAACAAUUGAAUGUUAGUUUAUGUGGGAUGCUGAUCUUAAACAUCCAUUGAACAAGUGUUUUUUCUUCUAUUUUGUUAUUAACAAUUUUCAUGAGAAAAAACGGAAGUGCCCUUUAAAAAUGUUUACAUGAUACGGUUAAUGAGUAAUACCCCUUUACCCAAGGCCCAACAGUAGCUAUAUGUACUUAACAAAUGUGCACAUUCACAGUACUGCUAAUGGGCAAGUGCAUAAAAUGGGUUGACAUUUUUUAAAGUAUUGUUUUAUAUUGGCUUCUAUUUGUUUUGAUUUCAGGAUAUGACAUUUAGUGAUUAUAUGAGAGAAAUAUUUUUUAUCAUAGUAUGAAAAGGACUGAAUAGAAAGUGAAACUGAAAUUUACCUUAGAAAUUUGUCUCAAAAAGGAAAGUUUUCUGUGUAUCCAAAGUCAUAUUGCUGACCAUUCACCUAAAACAUCCCCGUUUUAUUAUAUUGUCUUUAGUUAUGUAUUUUUAAAAAUCUUUUUCUUCUAGGCACUGAAAUGAUUAUUAAAAAGAACUACCUAUGUCACAUACAGUCAUAGAUGGUGUAACUAAGCUAAGUGAUAUUACCAAAUGUAACACUAUUCACAGUGGAUGCCAUCUGUGAUCUCAACAGUGUGAUGGAGUGGAGGUUCACAGCUUCAGCAAGGCCUCGGCUUGAAUCUCUUUUCUGAACCCAGAGAGGUCUGUUCGAGUUGUUAAUCUCAGCCAUUCAUGUGUACUUAAAAGUAUGUUGGUCAAAUAAAAUGAACUUAAAUAAA